AUGUCCGCCGACGCUUCUCCAGAUGUCCCGGAAGCAGAGGACUUCCUGCCAGUUCUCUCCUUCGAUGAAGCCUUUGCCGACGGCAUAGGAGACAGCGAGGCAAAACCUUCGGUGUCCUCGCGGCGGAAGGAGCGGCGGAAGGAGCGUGCGAACAUCCGCUCUGCUCACGACCGUGCUGGUACCAGGGAGCUGCGAGCAGUCUACCAAGUGCUGCAGGCCCUGCCGGCAGCUCUCCCACACUUGGCCUACCCAGCUAGGCAAAUUUCUGAAAGAGGAGAACGAGGAGGAGGCUACGGCGUAGGCGGCCCCACACCUCAGCUGGAUGCAGAUGGUGAAGCGCCGGGGCGGCUGCCAGCAUCCCAGAAGCCGAUGGGCAGCAAGCACACCCCUGAUGCGGUGGAGGUGGACGCCAUGCUGGCAGAAGCUGCGGCGCUCCUGUGCACCAGCUGCCCGUACAAGGCACUGCCCGAAGCCUUUGCGCCUUCGGAGGGCCUCCGCAUCCUCUCCGAGAUGAUCGACCGGCCGCCGAAGUACCAGGAGAAGUACCUGGGCCAAGAGUGGUCCAUCUUGACGAAGGUCUGGGCACUGGCGGGAUCUCCCAGUCAGACAGAAGGCAAGGAUCUAGCCGUGGUAGACAUCGGAGCUGGCAACGGAAGCCUGGCUUUGUUGGCAGCGCUUCUGCUGGGCGGGCAUGCCGUGCUCGUGGAUCACACGCUGCCGCCAGAGCCCCUGCGUGUUGAGGGCCGGCUCCCGGCAGCUUUUCAGCAUCGCGUCCUUCGCGUGACGGGGGAUGUGGGGGACCUCGACGCGCAGGAGGCGCUGGAGCCAUUGUUGGCAAAGCAUGGGCUUGGCAGAGUUGUGGUGAUUGCCAAGCAUCUUUGUGGAGUAGGCACGGAUCUGGCCCUGAAGCUACUUCGGCGAUGGCGCCGUGAUGGUCUAACGACAGACACACACCACGCAGAGGUCCUCGGUGCCGUGAUUGCAACGUGCUGUGGCCACAAGAUUGGCGCCGAGGACGCACGGGUGUACCGCGAAAUCCAUGAGGAGGAUCCCUACCUGAGCCGAAUCACUGACGCGCAGGGCGCCAGCGAGGGCGCCAGCGAGGAGAAGGCCUCGAGGCUGGAGGCCUUCCUCGGGAUCUGCACGCGCUGCGUGGCCUGGCGCACCACGGCCGGGGCUGCGGCGAAUCGCAUCACAGAUCGGCAGGUGCGAGCCGCUGAGCUCUUCGAGGAUGCCCUGCAGGAGCCACGACUGAACCUGCUUCGGAGCCUCUUCCCUGCAGCCACGGAGAUCGCCUUCGUGCCCGCGCAGCAGUCGCCGCAGAACCGCUGCCUGCUCGGCGGCUCUCUCCGGGCUGUUGAGGCAGCCUUGGCAACAGCCUCCGACCCCGAAGUGCAGCAAAAGGCGCUGGAUGCCCUGGCGAGUGCACGGGAUGGGCUGCUCGCAGAGAGCGGCGGCGCUUUGGACUUGCGCCCGCACGGGCUCGUGUCGACCAGGUUCGACUAUGAUGGCACUUGA